AUGUUGCGGGUCCUUCAAAUGCUUGAGGUGGUUAAGCGCAGCCUGAUACACUGGAACAAAAAUUCUUUUGGGCGUAUUGAGGACAACAUAAAGUCCCUACAAUGUCGUCUUAGGCAGACACAAGUGAAUAGUGAGGCAGGGGAUGGGUGGGCUUCUAGGGAAGAGGAAUCCAUCCAGAGAGAGCUGGAGCAGGAAUUACACUUGGAAAAGAUCAUGUGGAAGGAAAAGUUCAGAGUCAAGUGGUUGUUAGAUGGCGACAAAAACACACACUUCUUCCAAACUAUUGCCAACAAUAGAUCUAGGAGGAAGCGCAUUGUUGAACUCGAGGUGGUUGGACAAACCUUCUCUACAACCAACAACGUGUUGGAAGCAAUUAGCAGCCAUUUUGAAUGUUUCCUUAAUGAUGAUAGAGCUAGUGGCGAAAUCUCUAAUGAUAUUUGGCAGAGAGAAUUUGUCACGGCGGAGGAGAACUCUUUUCUCUUGGAACCAGUCACCUACGCGGAGGUCAAGGAAGCAGUUAUGUCUCUUGAUAAGGACAGUGCUCCGGGGCCCGAUGGCUUCUCGAAAUGGCUUCUCGAACUUUUUUUAUCAAAUCAUGUGGGAGGAGAUUGGCCAUGA